AUGGGGAAGAGAAGGGGCAAAACCCUAAUCUCCCACACCCUGCCCUCGUCGCCUUCCCGCUCCUUCUCCUCCUCCUCCUCGUCGGACUUCGAGUUCACCAUCUCCCUCUCCCCGCUCAGCAAGUCCCCCUCCGCCCUCUGCGUCGCCGACGACCUCUUCUACAAGGGCCAGCUCCUCCCCCUCCAGCUCUCCCCGCGCCUCUCCAUGGUCCGCACCCUCCUCGCCUCCUCCUCCGACUCCGCCUCCGCCACCGACUCCUCUCGCGACUCCUCCGGCAGCUCCACCGACUCCCAGUACUCCUCCUUCUCCUCCGCCGCCCCCGGGGCCCCCGGCGCCGCCCCCGGCGCGGGGGAGUGCGACUCCUCCCGCCCCAGCUCCGUCACCGAGGACGACGAGUUCCGCCGCCUCCACUGCGGCCCGGGCCACGCCGGCGGCAACCCGGCGGCCCAGAUCAGGAGGGGCAAGUACUUCCUCGCGAGGUUCUCGUCGGUGUUCAGGAAGGAGCCCGGCAAGGGCCGCGAGGCUAACUACAACCUGUCCGGAUCGUCGUCGUCCUCCUCCUCGUCCACGUCGGUGAAGAAGCGGGUGAGCGCGACGGCGAAGGAGGUGAUACGGAAGUACUUGAAGAAGGUGAAGCCGCUGUACGAGAAGCUCUCGCAGAAGCAGCAGCAGCAGCAGCAGCAGCAGCAGAAAUCGACCGAGAUCUCCCCGCCCCCGGCGAAGACGAGCCCGAGGAGCAGCUUUCUCAGCCGCUGA